UAAUCAUCUUCUCCACCAGAAGAAACUCCUAUACACACACAGAAAAAGAGAGAAAUGGGUUCUCUGGCUCAUCUUGUGGAAGAUUGUCUAGGUAUAAUCCAAGUUUACAGCGAUGGCUCCAUUUUCCGGUCCGAGGUAACAAAUUUUCCCAUUAAAGUCCAAGACGACGGCUCUGCAAUAUGGAAAGAUUGUCUAUAUGAUGAGAAACACAAUCUUUUUCUCCGCCUCUACAAGCCGCGGUCUACUUCUAGUCCCACCGCAGCCGCCAAACUCCCAAUUCUUUACUUCUUCCACGGAGGCGGCUUCUGUCUUGGUUCACGCACAUGGCCCAACUGUCAUAAUAGCUGCCUCCGCCUCUCUUCAGCACUACCAGCGGUGGUUAUCUCAGCAGACUAUCGCCUGGCGCCGGAGCACCGCCUCCCGGCAGCCAUGGAUGAUGCAAUGAAUGCAGUUAAAUGGCUCCAAACUCAGGCUUUAUUGAACGGUGCUGAUCCAUGGUUAUCUGAUGAGGUUGAUUUUGACCGGGUUUUCUUAUUGGGAGACUCCUCAGGGGGAAACCUAGCUCACCAUUUGGCGGUUAAGCUAGGACCAGGGUCGCCGAAGUUGAGCCCGGUAAGGGUUAGGGGCUAUGUGCUAAUGGCACCAUUUUUUGGUGGUACUGAGAAAACCAAAUCGGAAGUAGAGGGUCCGCCGGAACCCUACCUUAACUUGGAGGUUCUUGACAGAUUUUGGAGGCUAUCAAUACCAGCUGGAGACACUGCGGACCAUCCCCUGGCAAACCCAUUUGGGCCUUAUAGCCCAAAACUUGAAUCAAUAAUGCUUGACCCAAUAUUGGUGUUGGUAGGAGAACGUGAAGUGAUGAAGGACAGAAUUGAGGACUAUGCAAAAAGACUUGAAGAAAUAGGAAAGAAAAUUAAAUAUGUUGAAUACCAAGGAAAACAACAUGGUUUCUUCACAAAUGACCCUUUCUCAGAACUGGCAAACAAAGUGUUGGAAGAAAUAAAACAUUUCAUGUCUGAAAACUCCAAGUAAAAAUGAUGCCAACAAUAUGUGGGGUAUCUAGACGUGCUCUAUGCGUAUGCUUGUGUUAGCUAGAAGCGUAUGUGGGGAAGAAAUUUAGAGAUAUUUGUCAAAGUAGAAUGCCUAUUAUUGUUAGAUGAAGUGUGUACAAGAAUUAUGACUUUAAACCUCAUUUAUAAAUUAUUAUGGAUAUAAGUGCAUUACGGUUCAACAA